CUAUCGUGGAUCCUCUGGGGAGCCUCAACAACAUCAUGAUGCUGACGAGGCAGAGAAGAGUCUCUCCAGAUCAGAACAUGUCAAGAAACACCAGCGGAGAUCCACAGGGAAGAAAUCUCACUGCUGCUCUGACUGUGGGAAGAGAUUCACCUCCUCAGCAGGCAUUAUAAUUCAUCAGAGAAUCCACACAGGAGAGAAACCUUUUAGCUGUGAUGAAUGUGGGAAGAGUUUUACUAAGUCUUGCAAUCUGACACGACACCAGAGAACACACACAGGAGAGAAAUCUUAUACCUGUUAUCAAUGUGGGAAGAGUUUUGUUUCAUCUGGCCUUCUGACUGUACAUCAGAGAAUACACACAGGAGAGAAACCUUAUAGCUGUGAUCAAUGUGGGAAGAGUUUUACUCAGCUAAGCAACAUGAUAACACACCAGAGAACACACACAGGCGAGAAACCAUACAGCUGUGAUCAAUGUGGGAAGAGUUUUACUCAGCUAAGCAACAUGAUAACACACCAGAGAACACACGCAGGCGAGAAAUCUUAUAGCUGUACUCAAUGUGGGAAGAGUUUUAGCCAAUCAACCAGCCUGAUAUCACACCAGAGAACACACACAGGCGAGAAACCUUAUAGCUGUACUCAAUGUGGGAAGAGUUUUAGCCAUUCAACCAGCCUGAUAUCACACCAGAGAAUACACACAGGAGAGAAACCUUAUAGCUGUACUCAAUGUGGGAAGAGUUUUAGCCAUUCAACUAGCCUGACACGACACCAGAGAACACACACAGGAGAGAAAUCUUAUAUUUGUGAUCAAUGUGGGAAGAGUUUUACUCAGCUAAGCAACAUGAUAAAACACCAGAGAACACACACAGGCGAGAAACCGUACAGCUGUGACCAAUGUGGGAAGAGUUUUACUCAGCUAAGCAACAUGAUAACACACCAGAGAACACACACAGGCGAGAAAUCUUAUAGCUGUACUCAAUGUGGGAAGAGUUUUAGCCAUUCAACCAGCCUGAAAUCACACCAGAGAACACACACAGGAGAGAAACCUUAUAGCUGUACUCAAUGUGGGAAGAGUUUUAGCCGUUCAACCAGCCUGAUAUCACACCAGAAAACACACACAGGGGAGAAAUCUUAUACCUUUGAUGAAUGUGGGAAAAUUUUGUCUACUUCUAGCAAUCUGACUCUACACCAGAGAACACACACAGGAGAGAAACUCUUUAGCUGUGAUCAAUGUGGGAAGAGUUUUGUUCCAUCUGGCGAUCUGACAGUACACCAGGAAACACACACAGGAGAGAAGUCUUUUAGCUGUAAUCAAUGUGGGAAGUGUUUUGUUUCAUCUACUGGUCUGACAAUACACCAGAGAACACACACAGGAGAGGAACAUUUUAGCUGUGACCAGAGAUAAUCUGAUUAAAGAUAUCUGAUCAAAUAUUUGAAAAUACAUACAUGAAGGAGUUGAUUCAUGAUAUCAAUGAAUUAAUGUCACAAUGUAGAAUGUUAACACUUUGUAGUAGGAAUAUUUGAAUAAUGUCACAAUGGAGAAGCCUAAAUGUUUGCCCCCUUAUCAAUUGAUUUUAGCAUGAUAUGGAUAUCAGCCUCAGGGGAAAAAUCCAGGCUCUGAAAUGGAAGAAUACUAUGU